AUGGCCGAAGUAAUGCCGAUCGAGUCCGCUGACACGUCGAACGCCAUUGAUUCCAAAAUUAUGGACAUCCUAAAUCCGUCGUUGCACCAUCACGAUCUUUUGCAAAGUUACGUGCGCGCCCCUGUCGAUGGAAUUUCGAGCUCGAAGCAUUCGGACGAACUGGAGAACUUGAACAAGAACCCAUCGUCUUUAGGCACCUGCCUCGCCGUGGAGUCGUCCGUGAACCUCGACAAGGAGAGCUGCAUCAGCAACGAGAGGAGGAAAAAGAGAAACGACCAGAAACAAUCGAAGCACACCACCACCGAGAAAUCACAGGACAAUGGGGCGCGUCGCCAGGAAGAGGUAUACACGGACAAGGAUCGAGCCGCAGCGGUGAACAUGGGCACCAGGGACAUCAAGCAAUCGUUGAAGAUGAAACAGAAACAAGAUCGAAAUUUACAGCUUCCCGAGGACACCGAACCGACCGCGAUGCUUGCUUUAGGAUUGCGCGAGAUGCGGAUAGGUGAUGUUAUGGUCGCCAUGAAUUGUAUCAAUAAGGCACUGGACCUCGAACCAAACGACAGAAAUGCAUUAAUAGCCCGGAGUAAAUGUAAUCUUCUGUUAGGAGAGUCGCAAAAAGCGUUACAAGACGCCGAAAACGCGCUACAACACAAAAUGAGAAAUGCCAACAUGGCGGAAGCGAUAUAUUGCAAAGCGGAAGCCUUGUAUUAUCUGGGUGACUACGAAAUGAGCCUCGUUUAUUAUUAUCGUGGCAUGAGAAUUCGUCCAGAAUACGGACAAUUCCGUCUUGGCGUUCAAAAAGCUAAAGACGCGAUAAAGAAUAUGUUGCACAAAGAGUCAGACAACAUGUAUAGGACGUAA